AUGCGUGAUACUACUAAAAUUCCUUCAUCAUCUAAGACGAGUGGAACGCAUGUACAUGUGUCUAGUUACAAUAAUGGCACAGAUGGUGAUAUGGACACAUCAUUUGGAGAUAUUGGACUCAGUAUCACAUCAAAACCAUUGGCCAAAGUACAAAAAAUUGCUGUUCAAAAUGUGUUAAACGGCUCAUUUCCUCGUGUUGAUAAACAGCGUGUAUCAUACGGUCAAACAACAGCAGUCUCUCACGCACAUUCACAAAAAAGUGGAAGUCAUCAUAACUAUCACGUUUUGAAUAAUACUACAAAUACCGAAUCAUCAUUACCAUUUUUAAAUGACAGUACAAAUUCACCAGUGAAUUCCGCUCGACAUCCGCGAAUACGUCGAGAAAAAACCCGUGAAGGUAGUCUUCGUUCAAAAGAUACUGAUACCACUUAUCAUACUCAUCAUACAAAUACAACAACAACCGGUGGUCAUCAUUCAUCGUCACAUCAUGGCACAUCUCAUUUAACUGCAAGAACAGAUAAUAAUUUAUCUACCAGCCAAUAUACACGAUCUAGAAGUUUUUUCAUUGAUUCAAAACCAACAAAUUUUCCAAUUAAACCCAAAGCACUUGCCUAUUAUGGUGAAAAAUUAACUGAUUUUGAAAAAACCGAAUUAUUUGAAUAUCCUGAAAUUUAUUUUCUGGGAUUAGAAGCAGAAAAAAUAUCAGCAGCAACAAUAAAAGAUUAUGAUGAUGAAAAUGGAUCAUAUCUCAAAACUACAAAAGAUCAUAUAUGUUAUCGAUUUGAAGUAUUAGAAACACUUGGAAAAGGUAGUUUUGGUCUUGUUUUGAGAUGUUAUGAUCAUAAGAAGAAAGAAGCUGUAGCAUUGAAAAUUAUUCGAAAUAAAAAACGAUUUCAACAACAAGGUUUAGUUGAAGUAAAUAUUUUACAACAUUUACGAAAUUUAGACGUUGAUAAUUCAUUGAAUGUUGUACAUAUGAAAGAACAUUUUUCUUUUCGAAGUCAUUUAUGUAUUACAUUUGAAUUAUUAGGAAUUAAUUUGUACGAAUUGAUAAAGAAAAAUAAUUAUCAGGGUUUCAGUGUUCAUCUAGUCAGACGAUUUGCCAAUUCAAUGUUACAAUGUUUGAGAGUGAUGUAUAGAGAAAAAAUUAUACACUGUGAUCUUAAACCGGAAAAUAUUCUUCUUCGUCAGAAAGGAAGUAGUGCUAUAAAAGUAAUCGAUUUUGGUUCUGGAUGUUUUGAAUCACAAAGAAUUUAUACAUACAUUCAAAGUCGUUUUUAUCGUGCUCCUGAAAUUAUACUCGGUAUCCCAUAUACACCUGCCAUUGACAUGUGGAGUUUCGGUUGUAUCCUUGUGGAAUUGUUUACAGGCUAUCCCAUAUUUCCUGGUGAAAAUGAACAAGAACAAUUAGCAAUGAUUAUGGAAGUUAUCGAUUUGCCGCCACAACACGUCUUAGAGCAAGGAUCAAGAAAAAAAUUAUUUUUUGAUUCUAAAGGUGUUUCUCGUAGUGUAGCAACAAAAAAUUUAAAAAAACGUCGUCCAGCUAGUAGACCAUUAGGCCAAAUAUUACGAACAACUGAUAAUAAUUUUAUUGAUUUCAUACGACGAUGUUUUGAAUGGGAUCCAUUAGAACGUUUAACACCUGAAGAAGGAUUACGUCAUCCAUGGAUAAUUGAAGCAAAAUUAAAACGAACAUCAAGAGAAUCUCAUUUUAGUUUUAAUGAAACAACAGGUAAUGAAGAUACACUUCUGAUCGAUGAAGACAAACCAAAUCCUAAUAAUAAUUUAAGUAAUACACAAAGUACAAAUAAUUCAUUUUUACCAAGAAUUAUGAAUCAAUGA